ACGCUUUACAAUAAUUUUGGAACCGACUUCGGCUAUUGCACAGUAGUCUUGUUAGGUAAAUUCAUGUCAUUGACCAAGUCAUUGAUUCCUCCCUCUAUAAAUGGGAGUUUAUUUAUUAAAUUUGAAGGCCACCCAUCUCACUGUUACGGAUGGCAACUCUUGAUGGCUUAUAGAGUAAAUAAAAAGUAAAGAUCGCACAAAACACUUAAAAUUAGGAAGAUUAAACUAAAAAUCAAGAGGACAAGCAACACGGAGGUGGGGUCUUCCCUUUACCUCACCUCCAGCCUGGAACGCCCCUAUUGGGACCCCAGACCAACUAGCAAAUAGAUAGAAAUAACACUGUGCUGAUUACGUCUCUUGGUUGUCUGGCCUCCAGAAAAAAACACACUCUCCCUGACUUGCCCUAUGAUUAUGGUGCUUUGCAGCCACAUAUUAAUGCAGAAAUUAUGCAGCUUCACCACAGCAAACAUCAUGCUGCAUAUGUAAAUAAUCUGAAUAUUGCUGAAGAAAAAUACAAAGAGGCUUUGACAAAAGGGGAUGUAACGGCCCAGGUAUCUCUUCAGCCGGCUUUGAAGUUCAAUGGGGGAGGUCAUAUUAAUCAUAGUAUCUUUUGGACAAAUCUUUCUCCUAAAGGUGGAGGAGAGCCAAAAGGGGAGCUUUUGGAAGCCAUUAAACGUGAUUUUGGCUCAUUUGCAAAUUUUAAGGAGAAACUCACAGCUAUUUCAGUUGGUGUCCAAGGCUCAGGCUGGGGAUGGCUCGGUUUUAAUAAAGAAUCUAAUAGACUCCAGAUUGCUGCCUGUUCCAAUCAGGACCCUCUCCAGGGAACCACAGGACUUAUUCCACUGUUGGGAAUUGAUGUAUGGGAACAUGCAUAUUAUCUUCAGUAUAAAAAUGUUAGACCUGACUAUCUCAAAGCUAUCUGGAAUGUGAUCAACUGGGAAAAUGUAUCUUCAAGAUAUGCAGCUUGCAAAUAAUAGAACAGAAAAUCUUAUAGAAACAAGACCUAUGUGUUCCUCAGAUUAUUUUCAUAAUAUUUAGCAGUUCAAUUGCUAAUUGCACGUCACCAGAAAGUCUUCACUAUCAAGCUAAUUUGUACCUAAUCGUGGUAAAAUUAGGUUCUGAAAGUGCUACUUGUCUAAUUUUCUGAAAGAAUGUAAAUUUCUAAAACUUUAAAAUGGAUUACAAAUGAAAUUUGUAAUGUGAAUUUGCAAUGCUUUUGAAUAUUUUCUUGCAAAUUGAGGAAGAGUUCAGGAAAUAAAAUUUAGAGAACAUUUAAUAAACUAGAUUUCUUGAAAAGUUAUGUACGACGAGCUUCGCAGUACUUGAGCAAGUUAUACUGUUAUACUCAUGUUAAUGAUAAAAAUUUGGCAUGUUCAUUAUAGCAAAGAUUCAAAAACUGUCAGUUGGUAAAUAUAGAUCAGUUCAUGAAAUUUAUGCUUCUGAAAGAGGGAAAAUAUAAUAUACCAAGUAUAUUAUAUAAUGCAAUAUAAUGUACCAAGUAUACAGUAUAUGAUAAAUUGGUUGGAUUAAGAGUGUACUUGCACUUUGUGUCUUCAAGUGAAAUAUAUCCAUUCAUUGCUAUGUCUACUAUAUAUCUCACUAUUGUAUAUGACGUUCCAAAAAUAAAAGCACAAGUCAUUAAAUAAA